UUUCCAGUGCGUUUGCUUGCAUUGUCUAGAGAUUUUGUUUAAAGUUUUGCUCCAGCUCUCUCUCGAUCGAUCAUGUCGUACCAGCAGGGAUAUGGAUCCUAUGAGCAGCACGCUCACGGGCAUCCGCCAGUCCAGGGCCAGGUUGUUCGCGUCUUUUGCAAGGCUCGCCCCGAUUUCUAUCUGACCGCCACCGACGAUGGCGUUGUCCUCUCCCAGGGCAAUGUCCAGGACCCGCGCCAGCAAUGGAUCAAGGACGAUUCCUGGGGCGAGCGCCUGACCGAUUCGUCGGGAUCCAAGGCCUUCGCACUCAUCAACAAGGCCACUGGUCAAGCGCUUCGUCAUGGCAAUUCCGAGAACGAGCAGGUGGUUCUAUCCGCUUACUCCAAGAACGAGAUGGACGAUGAUCUCCUGUGGAGCGCCAGCGAUGAUCUCGGCCACGGCUUCCACACCGUGAGGACUUACAACAACAUCGACCUCAACCUCGAUGCCGAUCACGGUGAUAAAAAGCACGGCGGGAUCAAGGAAGGGAACAAGCUCAUCCUCUUCAAGUGGCAGAAGACUCACGACAACCAGUUUUGGAAGAUUGUCCCAGUUUAUAGAUUCGCCAAUUUUCAAAAUGGUACACCUGUUACUCCUGGAAGGGACAGCUUACUCGCUGUCCGCAUGACACGUGUUAAGUCUCAUCUACGUGUCGAUUUCAAACGCGCCGUGACCGAGCGAGUGACGAUGCCGCAGGGUCAGUUUGUGAAGAUCCAGUGCAAGGCCGAUAGCGCCUACAAUCUUGCCGCCCGGACCGAUGGCGUGGUGAUGGCCCCGGCCGAUGAAUCCGAUCCUCGCCAGCAAUGGUACAAGGACGAAUCGUGGGAGCACGUCAAGGAUGCCAAGGGCUCCGCGAGCUUUGCAUUGAUCAAUCGGGCUACUGGCCAAGCCCUCACGCAUCCGGGCGGCCUAGAUACCCAGGUGACCAUGUCCGACUACUUUGGGGAUUCCGAGGAUAAGUCUACUCUGUGGACACUUAGCCAAGAUGUGUGUGGGGGCUGGAACGCUUUGCGACCAUACUAUGAUACUUCUCUCAACUUAUCCACGAAUCACUGGGAUAAGAAGCACGGUGGUCUUACCGAUGGGACUGACGUCUUGAUCACUAAGUGGAAGGAGUACGAUAACCAAUGCUGGAAGCUAGUUCCUACGCGUGAUAGCACGGGCGGAGCCGAUCAUUUCCACCGUGUUUUGAGGACCGAGAGCCGUGUGGUUGAUCGCUCCUUGCAUCACCUGCCGAAGUAUAGCCUCGUCACCAAGGCCGGAGAAGGUUACAGCGUGAGUGCGCGUGGAGACGGCGUGGUCCUUGCGCCUAGCGAUCCAUCGGAUGGCCGCCAGCAAUGGAUCAAGGAUGACUGGUGGGGCAGCAAGCUCUUGGACUCCCUUGGCCAGCCUGCUUUUGUGAUGCUCAAUGUGGCUACGCAGCACGCUCUUUCUCAUGCUCCCGGCGAAGGCCAGCAGGUUUCUCUCGCAAAGUUUGUCCCCAAUCUCCUCAACCAGGACAUACUCUGGACGAAGCAGGAAGUUGGGCACGGAUGGUUUGCUGUGCGACCCGCCAAUAACGUGAAGCUCACCAUGGAUGCUUUCCGUGCCGAUAAGAAACAUGGUGGGCCGAGCGAUGGGACUAAAGUCGUGGUGUUCAAGUGGAGCGACCAGGAAAACCAGCACUGGAAGUUCACUGAGUGAGAGAAGAAAAGUGAGAAUUUUCUAUGUGUGUCUGUAUUGUCAAAAGCUAGUCCAUCAAUCAGCACUGCUUAUAGAUCCUGGAAACCAUGUAAGUUUUACUUUAUGCGGUUCUGGAAUCUAGAUCUUGAGAAGCUAA